AGUUUGUGUUCCUUUCCUCAGACUAACAGAAGUAUGCAUCAAGGAAACCAAAGCACUGUCUCUGAAUUCAUCCUCCUAGGCCUCUCCACCCAGGCUGAGAAGCAGAACCUCCUCUUUGGGCUCUUCCUGAGUAUGUACCUGGUCACUGUGUUUGGGAAUGGGCUCAUCAUUCUGGCCAUUGCCUUGGACGCACACCUUCACACACCCAUGUAUCUAUUCCUUGCCAAUCUAUCCUUUGCUGAUAUCUUAUCCUCUUCUACCUCAAUUCCUAAAAUGCUGGUGAAUAUUCUGACCAAGAGUCAAUCCAUCUCCUAUGUGAGCUGCCUCAUACAAAUGUACUUUUCCAUUGUGUUUGUUGUUGUUGACAAUUUUCUCUUGGGGGUAAUGGCCUAUGACCGCUUUGUGGCUAUCUGCCACCCUCUGAACUAUACAAUUGUCAUGCACCCCAAGUUCUGCAUCUCACUCACCAUCAUCCCAUGGGUCCUUAGCAACAUUGUUGCUCUGACACACACUCUUAUGGCCAAUCAACUGGUCUUCUGUGGCGACAACACCAUCCCGCACUUCUUCUGUGACUUGGCUCCCCUGCUCAAACUGUCCUGCUCAAAUGCAAUGAUCAAUGAAGUUUUAAAGUUUGCUGUGGGCUUAUCAGUCAUCACCUUCCCUUUUGCCCUCAUCCUCUUCUCCUAUGUCAGCAUUGUCAGAGCAGUUCUGAGGAUUUCAUCCACAGAGGGAAAAUGGAAAGCCUUCUCCACCUGUGGCUCGCACCUGACAGUUGUGUUGCUCUUCUAUGGGACCAUUGUGGGGGUUUACUUUUUCCCUUCGUCCACUCACCCUGAGGACACAGACAAGAUCGGUGCAGUACUAUUCACUGUUGUGACACCCAUGAUGAACCCCUUCAUCUAUAGCCUGAGGAACAAGGACAUGAAAGGUGCUCUGAGAAAGCUCAUCAAUAAAAAACCAUUGGCCUCCAGGAUAUACUCUGGCAGUCCAAUAAUGGCUGGUUGCAAGAUGGAGAGUCCGAGUGCCUGGUAA